AUGUCGCGGGAGACGCGGGAUGGUUCACGGCGCGAUGAGAAAUGGAACAAAGAUGAUGACACAGAAGAUGAAUCGGCCGUGACAGCGUUCGCGCACCGCGAGCUCGAGCGCUUCCGAGUGCGCGCGGCGUCGUUGGAGCUCGCGAAUCGCGAUUUAGUCGUCGCGAAACGUCGAGCGGAGGCUCAAGCGGAGGCUCGAGUGGAAAAGGAACGAAGAGGGUUGAAGGCGGAGCGAGACGCGUUGGAGGCGGAACGCGUAGAGUUGACCGAGCGAGAGCAGAGAUUGAGAGCGUUCGCGAGCGAUCGAGCGUCGUAUGAGAACGAGUUAGCAAUCGCGAGAGGAGAGUGCGAGCGCUUGACCGCGACGCUCGCGACGGAGCGGGCGGAGAUGGAGCGAUCGUUUGCGGCAAGGAUGGGCGAGACGCGCGCCGAGUGCGAUGCACGCGUACAGCGAACGAAAGAAACCGCCGAAUCAACGAUGACGGCGCGAAUGGAGCGGUCGGUAAAGAGAAUUUUGGCGCAAAAUAGAAAAAUGAGCGAAGAGCUCAGGGUUCAGGUGAGCGAGACGGACGCGCUACAUCAAAGGUACGAGACAGCGAGCGACGAGGCGGAGAGCUUGCGGCGCCGCGUCGUCGUCAUGGAGGACGUCGAACGCGAGCGCGCCGAGCUCGAUGCGAUGCGAGCGAAGGAGAUGCGAAAGGCAGAUGAGAAGAUCGUCACGCUCGAACGCGGUAUUCGCGAGCUCAUGGAGGCAUUCGAGACGCAAAAGGCGGAGUGGGAGAGAGAGGCGAGCGAAGCGCGAAGUAUCUGCGAGGAAGAGGUCGCGCAUCUCAGGCGCUCUCUCGCGUUGAAAUCACGCGAGUUGACCAACAUCAGGCGAUUGGCGAAGGAAGUCGUGUGCCACUACGAAGACGUGUGA